AUGGCCCAAGAAAUCUCUUUCGAUAUCACGCCCGAAAAGCAAGCUAGCCAGCUACAAUUCCUCCGUAGACAACUCUUUGGGGGACCACCAGUACUAUCUCGGCGCGAUUUUGAUCUGAGCGGUAAAACAGCUAUUGUGACAGGGGCCAAUGGUGGUCUGGGUCUUGAAUGCUCACGACACCUUCUCAAUCUCGGUGUUAGCAAGCUUAUCAUUGCAGUUCGCAAUGAAGCUAAGGGCGAAGCUGCCCGAGAAGCCCUCACGACAGUGCUUGAGGUUGGCCAAUCCAUUGAGGUCUGGAAGCUUGACUACUCUUCAUACGAGUCUAUUCAAGCCUUUGCACAGCAGGCCGAAGAUCUGAAACCUCGGCCUGAUAUUGUCAUUCUCAACGCGGCAUUCAAUCGCACCGACUUUGCCCUAAACCUAGAGACGGGCCACGAAGAGGUCCUGCAAAUAAACUACUUGUCAAACGUUCUGUUAAUACUUCUGUUCCUCCGCAUCUUCAAGAAUACCAAAUCCGUCACCAGCCCGGGGCGUAUCACCGUCGUGUCAUCUGACAUGGCUGGGUGGGCCAAGUUUGACGAGCGGAACGAGGUCCCACUACUAAAGGCCUUUAACAAGGAAGCCAGUUAUGACAAAUUCGACCGCUACUCCACCACCAAGCUUUUGUCUCAAUUAUUCGUGUCUGAAAUAGCUAAGCGGGUGUCCCCGUCGCUGGCUGUCAUUAACUGCGCUAACCCCGGUCUUUGCUGGGGCGGGAUGAUGGGCGGCGAGACUAGUGCGAUCUCCAACGCUUUUAUACGCAUUAUCUGCCGUUCUUUGUCAACAGGUGCUCGUGCGCUUGUGGAUGCCGCCGUCCGACAAGACGAGAGCUCGCAUGGGCAGUAUGUUGAGGACGGAAAGCUGAGGCCGAUGGCUCCUUUUGUGUAUUCUGAAGAGGCAGAGCAGUUGACCCAACAGCUGUGGAAGGAAACGAUGGAAAAACUGUCUUCCGCGGGGGUUAAAGAAAUUGUGGAGAGCUUAGCUCAAGCUUAG